GGGAACGGAAGCCGCUACGGGGGCGCGAAGGGAGCCAGGAUGGCGCCUCCGAGCAGGAAGACGUCGGCCCCCGGCCCCCUGGCCUCCAAGAGAGCUCUACCGAGAGAUCCUUCGUCGGAGGUCCCGAGCAAGAGAAAUAAUUCGGCCCCGCCGCUGCUGCAGACGUCCGGGCCUUUCGUGGAGGGCUCCAUCGUCCGCAUCUUGAUGGAGAACUUCCUAACGUAUGAUAUCUGUGAAGUAUCUCCUGGACCCCACUUAAAUAUGAUUAUUGGAGCUAACGGGACAGGGAAGUCAAGCAUCGUGUGUGCUAUUUGCCUUGGAUUAGCAGGCAAACCUGCUUUCAUGGGACGGGCAGAUAAGGUUGGGUUUUUUGUGAAGAGAGGAUGUUCCAAAGGCACGGUUGAAAUUGAAUUGUUCAGGGCUUCUGGAAAUCUUGUGAUCACCCGUGAUAUUGAUGUGGCAAAAAAUCAGUCCUUUUGGUUCAUCAACAAAAAGUCUACCACCCAGAAAGUAGUAGAAGAACAAGUUGCAGCCUUAAAUAUUCAAGUGGGCAAUCUUUGCCAGUUUCUACCUCAGGACAAAGUUGGAGAAUUUGCUAAACUCAGCAAAAUUGAACUCCUUGAAGCUACUGAGAAGUCAAUUGGUCCUCCAGAAAUGCACAGAUAUCACUGUGAACUCAAAAACUUCAGAGAGAAAGAAAAGCAACUAGAGACCUCAUGCAAAGAGAAAACUGAAUAUCUAGAGAAAAUGGUUCAGAGGAAUGAAAGAUACAAACAAGAUGUGGAGAGGUUCUAUGAACGUAAGCGACAUUUAGAUUUAAUUGAGAUGCUUGAAGCAAAAAGGCCAUGGGUGGAAUAUGAAAAUGUUCGCCAGGAGUAUGAAGAAGUAAAACAGGCUCGGGACCGAGUGAAGGAAGAGGUCAGAAAACUUAAAGAAGGGCAGAUUCCUGUGACACGUCGAAUUGAAGAAAUUGAAAGGCAGCGUCACAAUUUGGAGGCUCGAAUAAAAGAAAAGGCAAAAGAUAUUAUGGAGACGUCUCAGAAAUGCAAACAAAAGCAAGAUGUUAUAGAAAGGAAAGAUAAACAUAUUGAAGAACUUCAGCAAGCUUUAACAGUAAAACAAAAUGAAGAGCAUGACCGACAGAAAAGGAUAAGUAAUACUCGCAAAAUGAUAGAGGAUUUGCAAAAUGAACUAAAGACCACAGAAAACUGUGAGAAUCUUCAGCCCCAGAUUGAUGCUAUUACAAAUGAUCUGAGACGAAUUCAAGAUGAAAAGGAAUUAUGUGAAGGCGAGAUAAUUGAUAAGCAAAGAGAGAGGGAGACUCUAGAGAAGGAGAAAAAGAGUGUACAUGAUCAUAUUGUACGUUUUGACAGUCUUAUGAAUCAAAAGGAAGAUAAGUUGAGACAGAGAUACCGUGACACAUAUGAUGCUGUUUUAUGGCUAAGAAAUAAUAGAGACAAAUUUAAGCAAAGGGUCUUUGAGCCCAUAAUGCUCACGAUUAAUAUGAAAGAUAAUAAAAAUGCCAAAUAUAUUGAAAAUCAUAUUUCAUUAAAUGACUUGAGAGCCUUUGUAUUUGAAAGUUCAGAAGAUAUGGAAGUUUUCCUCAAAGAGGUUCGUGACAAUAAAAAAUUAAGAGUGAAUGCUGUUAUUGCUCCUAAGAGUUCAUAUGCAGACAAAGCACCUUCAAGACCGCUGAGUGAAUUAAAACACUAUGGAUUUUUCUCUUAUUUGCGAGAGUUAUUUGAUGCCCCUGAUCCUGUAAUGAGUUACCUUUGCUGCCAGUAUCAUGUUCACGAAGUUCCUGUAGGAACUGAAAAGACCAGAGAAAGAAUUGAAAGGGUAAUACAAGAAACCGGAUUAAAACAAAUUUAUACAGCAGAAGAAAAGUAUGUGAUAAAAACUUCUUUUUAUUCAAAGAGAAAUAUUUCUAGUAACAUAUCCCUCAGAGUAGCCCAGUUUCUUACUGUCACUGUGGAUCUAGAGCAACGAAGACACUUAGAAGGACAGCUAAAGGAAAUUAAUAGAAAAUUGCAAGCAGUGGAAUCAGGUUUGAUUGCCUUACAUGCGACAAACAAACAUCUAGAACACAAAGACAAUGAACUUAGACAAAAGAAGAAGGAGCUUCUUGAAAGAAAAACCAAGAAAAGACAACUGGAACAAAAAAUUAGUUCCAAACUAGGAAGUUUAAAGCUAAUGGAACAGGAUACUUGUAACCUUGAAGAGGAAGAACGGAAAGCAAGUACCAAAAUCAAAGAAAUAAAUGUUCAAAAAGCAAAACUUGUUACUGAAUUAACAAACCUAUUAAAGAGUUGUACUUCUUUGCAUAUACAAAAAGUAGAUUUAAUUCUUCAAAAUACUACAGUGAUCUCUGAGAAGAACAAAUUAGAAUCAGAUUAUGUGGCUGCAUCUUCACAACUACGUCUCACAGAGCAACAUUUCAUUGAGUUGGAUGAAAGUAGACAGAGAUUAUUGCAGAAAUGCAAGGAACUUAUGAAGAGAGCUAGGCAAGUAUGUAACCUUGGUGCCGAGCAGACUGUUCCUCAAGACUAUCAGACACAAGUACCCACCAUUCCAAAUGGACACAACUCCUCACCCCCCAUGGCUUUCCAGGAUCUUCCAAACACAUUGGAUGAAAUUGAUGCUUUAUUAACUGAAGAAAGAUCAAGAGCUUCCUGCUUCACAGGACUGAAUCCUACAGUUGUUGAGGAAUACACAAAAAGAGAAGAAGAAAUAGAGCAGUUAACUGAGGAACUAAAGAGAAAGAAAGUUGAACUGGAUAAAUAUAGGGAAGACAUUUCUCAGGUAAAAGAAAGGUGGCUUAAUCCUUUAAAAGAGCUGGUAGAAAAAAUUAAUGAAAAAUUCAGCAAUUUUUUUAGUUCUAUGCAGUGUGCUGGUGAAGUUGAUCUCCACACAGAAAAUGAGGAAGAUUAUGAUAAAUAUGGAAUUCGAAUUAGAGUCAAAUUUCGCAGUAGUACUCAACUGCAUGAAUUAACUCCUCAUCAUCAAAGUGGAGGUGAAAGAAGUGUUUCUACCAUGUUAUACUUGAUGGCACUUCAGGAACUUAAUAGAUGUCCAUUCAGAGUAGUUGAUGAAAUCAAUCAGGGAAUGGAUCCAAUUAAUGAACGGAGAGUGUUUGAAAUGGUUGUAAGUACUGCCUGUAAGGAAAACACAUCACAGUACUUUUUUAUUACACCAAAGCUCCUGCAAAAUCUUCCUUAUUCUGCAAAGAUGACAGUUCUGUUUGUCUACAAUGGUCCUUAUAUGCUGGAGCCAAACAGAUGGAAUUUAAAGGCUUUCCAAAGGCGGCGGCGCCGUAUUACUUUCACUCAGCCUUCUUAAUAAAAGUAAAGGAAGGGAACUAUGGAAUUUUUAUGUUAAAUUCUGUUUAUAAGUAUGGCUUAACUGAGAAAAAGGACAUUCAUUAGAAAGAUCAGUUGUUUUUGGAAAACUGCUUUUAAAUACAAAUAGGUUGAUGAAGUGGAGGCUGUAAUGACUUCUUUCUCUGGAAUAUCAUCUGGUAGUAAAAGUUAAGUAUUUUUCAGUCUUGGGUGAAUUUGAGUUCUUAGCACUCUGAGCAUGAGUCAUUGGGUUUCCCAUGUUAAAGGUAUUUACUGUUGCAAAUCAAAGAUAUGCUGGAAAUGGGGCUAUCAAUCACAAGAGGUCUACUUGACAUGGUAGCCCCAAACUUUAAUUGCAGAAUAACUUUAAUUACUUUCAGAGCCUAAAGAUGAUUCUAAAGCAUAAGUCCUAGUUUUCUCCCAGUGUUAUAUUUAAUUUUUAAAAAUUGAUAUUGAGAUGUCUAAUCUAAUGUAUAGUAAUAAUUUAUGAGAGAUCUAUUCAUUUCUUCCUAUUAAAAAAGAUUACCUUACCUCCACUAAGGAAUGUGAUUUUAUGGGCCUUUUAAAAAGUUUUAUGAAACUUGAUGCUAUAAUUGUAUUGGUAUUUCAAAGGGAGAAAAAAGCACUGAGGUUCAAAAAUGGUGGCAGUACUUCUUUGAAAUGCCACAAGGUGGCCACUAGAUGAUACAGAAUGCAACCAAAAGAUUGACAAAGAAUAAAAUCAGGUGACUAGGGUUUUUAAAGAAUAACCUUAUAAAGAGUGCGGGGUUUUUGUGGUGGUGGUGGUGGUGGUGUUUUUUUUUUUUUCAAACUCAAUUGUAUUUUAUAUCUUAAAUUUCUGAAAGCAUUUUUAUAAUUAUUUUUAGUAAGAUUUUUCUUAAAAUUUCAUAUGCUGGUUUCUACAAUUUAUAUUUGAAAUUUCUCAGUGUUAUAUAAAGAGUGAGGGAAAAGCAUUGAAUUGUGUAAAACCAUAAUGUUUUUAGAACUUAAGCUUAUAGGUCCUUCCUUACAGUGUUGGUCUAUCCGUUAUCUUAGAAAACCUAGUUUACACAGUUUUCUUUCAGCUUGAAAGAAAUACAUGAGAAAAUCAUUUAUCUCUGAGUUAUGCUAAUUAACAGUGCCAAACAAAUUCUAUUCUUUUAAAAAGUAAAUCUUGUAAGAAAAUACAGAAGUCCGAGGACAUGUCUUUAAACAGUAGAUCUGUGUCAGUAAUGACAAAAUUAUUUUUUUGACUGAAUAAAUUGAAGAAUUGCAUUCAGUUUGGGUUUUAUAUAUUUUUCAGUAGCCAUUGUAAUUUAUAUUCUUAUUAGUUCAAAAAAUAAUGAACCGUAAGUUUUUGUCCUCUUGCUUAGACAUUUUCUCAUUAAAAGGGUAUUUUUUCUUUACAAAAUUUUAAAAGAAAAAGCCUUCCCCUCUUAAACUGUCUAAUGCAUGAAGUAUGAAGAUAUUUUAAAAUAACAUUUUUACGAGUGUGAACAAGUCAUGUGAACACUGUAAAACUUGGUAACAUUUAGUAAGUGCCUGUUACCAAAUGUUUUUGUUAAAUACUUUGUUUUCCACCAAAAUAUCUUUACGAACAUGUGCUUCAUGUAGUUUGAUUAUUGUCUUAGUACCAGUCAUCUUAUUUCUGCAAAACAAAUUUCGAUGUGAAAAACAAGCUUGAAGAUUAAGCAUGUUUGAAAACAAAUGAUCAAUUACAUUUCAAUUUAACUAUGCCAACAAUUACUUAACACUUUGUACACAUUUAUAUUUCUCUACUGGACAAAGUUAAUCUUUGGUUUUACAUUGAAUUUUGAGCUGUGAAGGAUAAAUUAUGUAUCAUUUUAACAUAUUAAAAAACAAUAUGUCUAGCCUAGUAUAGUCUCAGCCACUUAUAACUUCAUAUAUUUUCUGCAAAAGUUGAGAUUUUUAAUUAUACAAAUAUUGUAAAAACUUCAAGUAAAAGCCUGAUUUGAUGAAUAAAAUGAUAUAUAAAACAUUAAGAUAACUAAGUCUUCAUUGAUUUGCUUAAGGAGAGUCUCUGUUAAAAGAUUUUCUGUAUUGAAAGUUAAAGGAAAGAUUGCUUGCUGCUUUCUAAUUGUUUUUUGGACAUAUGCAUAUUUUCUUUGGAGUAUAAACCUUUCAUAUGUGAAAAAUGUAAUUUUGUCCUGCUAUUGUGUAUGUGUGUGUGCGUAAUUGAAAAAACCCUGUGGGAAAUACUACUUUAUUGGUAAU